AUGGAAAUCAACAGUGGAAUCUCCGUAUUUCCGCCACCUAUUUCUAUCUCAUCAUCAAAACUCGCAUUCUUCGUGGUCGCUCAUCUACAAGUAUGGUCCGGUAGAAGUCGUGGCUCACUACGAUGUGCAAUCUGGGGACUUACACGAUCUCUAGGUUCUUACUUGUCGUCUUUCCUAACCAAAACAUUCGAGACACACAAUGAAAAGGUCAGAGUCCUGGCUUACACCAACGUUGGAUUGAUUUUGAUUGGUUUGGGAUCUGACUUGAAGAAUCCAACUUACUACAUGGCUAAUCCGAUUUCACAACAAUGUGUGAAAAUCCCACCUCGGCCUCUUCGUCCUCUAGGUCAACAAGAGGAAUGUUUCAGACCUGGACUCGUCACACGCAUUGAAAAAGACGUCCUUUUAGGUUACAAAGUUGUUUUGAUGGAUAGGACUAACAUCAGAACAGGUGUCUUAAGUUUAGUCGUAUAUUCAUCUGAGACAGGCUUGUGGAGUUUCAACACUCUCCAGUCUCAUCCCCAGUUGCACUAUAUGUCUUGCAUCGAUCCCAUUACCUUGAACGGAAACAUUUACUGGAUAGGCGUCAACCUUGACUAA